ACCAUGUCUCACGCUCUGGUUUUUGGAGCUUCUGGUAUUUCGGGAUGGUCUCUGCUCAACCAGCUUAAAGACUACCCCAGCCCUACUACAUUUUCCAGGAUCACUGGUCUAUCAAACCGACCUCUUACGCUUGAACAAGCCCAACUCCAUACGGAUUCUAGAUACAACCUUGUCAACGGCAUUGAUCUUACCAAACCGGUUCAAGAAGUUGCGAGACUGUUGAAAGAGAAAAUUGAAGACGCAGAGGGCAUUACACACGUUUUCUACGCAGCAUACAUACAAACUGGAGAUUUCGAGAGUCUGAAGAAGAUCAAUUGCGAUCUUUUGAAAGUGGCGGUGGAAGCUGUUGAACAGGUCUCGUCUAAGUUGAAAACAAUCAUUCUACAGACUGGGGGUAAAGGCUAUGGCUUGGAGUUUCCGAAGGAAGUCGGAAUUCAUCCCCCUCUCCGUGAGGACAUGCCUCGAAUUCCCGAGCCCUACGCCAGUAAGAUCUUUUACUAUACCCAGUACGAUCUUCUUGCCAAGCUUUCCGAGGGGAAGGCAUGGACUUUCUCUGAAGUACGACCCGAUGGCAUUGUGGGUUUUACACCGACAUCGAAUGCAAUGAACAUGGCGCAAGGUAUAGCUCUUUACCUCUCAAUCUACAGAGAGGUUCAUGGCAAGGAUGCUGUUGUGCCGUUUCCAGGCGAAGAGCAUGGCUACCACUCAACCCAUACAGAUACAUUUCAAGACAUACUGGCGAAAAUGGAGAUAUAUGCCGCAGCAAACAUUGACAAGUGCGGCAAUGGCGGUGUUUUCAAUGUCGCGGACGGAAAGACUGUCACUUGGGCCCAAGUUUGGCCCAAGCUGGCCGAGCACUUUGGUCUAAAGGGGCAAGGUCCUAUAGAAAACACAGUCCCAAUGGAGACGUUCGUUAAGAGUAACGACAAGGCAUGGAAGGUACUUGUGGACAAAUAUGGGCUUAAGGAAAAGGUCGUUGAGGAACAGAACUGGGGCCAUGUGCACUUCAUGCUCGUACAAUUCGAUUUCAACAGAGAAUAUGACCUUAGCAGAAGCCGUGCGGUUGGAUUUGCGGAGGAGAUCGACACAGUCAAGGGUUAUAUCAUAACGUGGGAUAGGAUGAGAACUGCAAAAAUGCUGCCACCUGUAUCAGCUUGGUUAUAG